AGCCGCUGACGGCGCCGACUCCGGGCUCGCCGGCUCCCCGACCCGCCGCCCGAGCCGCGGCAGCCGCACAAAGGAGAGGAGGAGGAGGAGGAAGAAGCGGCAACACGCACGGUGCUCCAAGCCCCGGCCGGAGAUGUCGGGGGUGCUGGUAAUCGCUGCCUGGUGCUUCCUGCAAGUGGAGAGCCGGCAUCCUGAAAUCAUCACGAGUAACAGCAAUCAUGGUAAUUUCCUGGACAACGACAAAUGGCUGAGCACCGUUUCGCAGUAUGAUAAAGACAAGUACUGGAACAAAUUCCGGGAUGAUGAUUAUUUCAGAAACUGGAAUCCAAACAAGCCUUUUGAUCAAGCCCUUGAUGCAUCCAAAGAUCCCUGUUUGAAGGUGAAGUGCAGCCCACACAAAGUGUGUGUUACUCACGACUAUGAAACUGCUGUCUGUGUGAGCCGCAAGCAGCUGGUGCACAGCCUCAGACAAAAGAAGGGCAACUUGGCCCAGAAGCCCUGGACUGGACCAGCUAACAUAGCCAAGUGCAAACCUUGCCCCAUGACACACUCCAGCCCUGUCUGUGGAUCUGAUGGACACACGUACACCACCAGGUGCAAGCUGGAGUUUCAUGCAUGUACUUCUGGCAAAACCAUCACAGCUCGUUGUGAUGGGCCCUGCCCCUGCCUUCCAGGACCUGAGAGUUCAAAACACAAAAUGGAGAAGAUUGCUUGCACAGACAAAGAGCUGAGGAGCCUGGCUUCACGACUCAAGGACUGGUUCGGUGCUCUCCAUGAGGAUGCAAAUCGUGUCAUCAAACCAACCAGCUCAGAGAUGGCCCAAGGCAGAUUUGACACCAGCAUACUGCCAAUCUGUAAGGAUUCCUUAGGCUGGAUGUUCAACAAACUUGACAUGAACUACGACCUGCUGCUGGAUCCCUCGGAGAUCAGUGCCAUUUAUCUGGAUAAGUACGAGCCCUGUGUCAAGCCCCUCUUCAACUCCUGUGACUCCUUCAAAGAUGGAAAGCUUUCCAACAAUGAGUGGUGUUACUGCUUCCAGAAGCCAGGAGGUCUUCCUUGCCAGAAUGAAAUGAAUAGAAUUCAAAAGCUAAGUAGAGGGAAGAGUCUGUUGGGUGCUUUCAUCCCGCGGUGCAAUGAAGAAGGUUACUACAAAGCCACUCAGUGCCAUGGCAGCACAGGGCAGUGCUGGUGUGUUGAUAAGUAUGGGAAUGAGAUAGCUGGCUCAAGAAAGCAAGGGACAGUGAGUUGUGAAGAAGAGCAAGAAACCUCAGGGGAUUUUGGCAGUGGUGGAUCUGUUGUAUUGUUGGAUGAUUUGGAAGAGGAACCUGAAGCAGCAAAAAAAGACAAAGAAGGGAAACUGAAGGUUCAUGUAAGAGCAGCUAAUGAAGAUGAUGAAGAUGAAGAUGAUGAUAAGGAGGAUGAAAUUGGUUAUAUAUGGUAGUGCCCAUCAUAAUGAGGACUUACAUUUUGCACAAUAUUGCAAGUCCCAUCAUAUCUCUGCAAUUGUAUCUGAGAGUACCUGGCACAAAUAUUUCCUCUCUACUGAAUUUAAUUUUGUAUAGUCUACUUAGUCUGGACAACAACUUUUUUUUUUCCAGCAAGGACUGUUUGGAAUACAACAUUUGUUCAGUUGGUUUGGGGGAUUUUUGUUCUAUCCACAGGGGCAAUGAGUUUUGUUUCAAAAACAUUUCAUGUCUUAAUCCUCAAAUGCACAGCUGAUGAAAUACAUACUGUGAAAGAGGAAUCACAGAAGGGGUUCAACAGACGAAUGCAAGGCUUAGAAUCCCUUCUCAUGUGAAAGAAUUUGUGUCAUAAAUUGUUACCUGGAUCACAUCAAAAAUAGUAAUUCUUCUUUCCUGAAGAAGGAAAGUAGGUGCCUCAUUUUCUAGUCCAUGUUUUUUUAUGUUCCAGUGGAGUCAGUCUCUAUGGAUAGUGACUUCUGGCUGCCCAGCACCAGAAAAGAAAGAAAGAAACCCACUGGCAGGAUUUUCUAUUCCUUACAUUUUCUACAAAUGAGUUCAACAGGCUUAGCCCAGCCCAUGCUGAAGGCAGAAUUCUCACCAGAGAUAGAUCACCUCCUUCACACUGCUCAUUUAGGUAAGAACACAGCCUUGAUAUUAAUUGAUGCUGAGAACCUGAAGUUAUCAUGGACCAAGCACUACAGAUAGGGACCAGUGUCCUCCUGCAUUUUAAAGUGUUUGAGAAAAGAGUGUUUUGUGAAUUUAUAGCAUCAUCACAACAUCCAUAGCUGGUCCUCAGCUUCUGUAAGAGCUCGGCUGCCCUAAGAGCUGCACUAACAUCCCCCAGGAGCCCUCUUGCUCACACGCUAACUUCUCCAGUUACUCUAAACCAUUCCUCAUUCCAGUUAUAAAGCUGUCAGAGACACUAACCAUCAAAAGUAAUAAGCUGUCAUUUCUUUAAUUUAAAUAGUUACUAUUUAUUUGGCCUGUUUCAAAAACCAAAUGUAGGUGGUCAUGUUUCAAAAGCCCCUUUGCUCAGCAUGACAAGCUGCACACUUGAAAUACACAUACCUAAAAGAGAAUAGCAUUAAAAUAAAAUCCAUGUUUCUCUCAGCAUCUCCCAUAUAUUCAUAGAUCUGAAUUGUGUCACAGAAUAUUGAUAUGAAAUCCUUUCCCAUGGCAGGUCUCUGAUGCAGGAAUGUACUGGGGUUACCUUUGAUUACUUUUGCUUUUUUCAGAACCUCAGCCCUACUGUUGUGUUAGGAAGCAGACAAGAGUGCUUUAGCAGUGCCUGUCAUUUGCCUGUGAGUUAUUUUGCAGAACAAAAAAAUCUGCUUAUUACACAGAAAACUAAUUCUAUGGAGGCUUGUUUGGGUUUUUUUUUCUCCCUCUUAGUUUUGGAUGUAGAUGUGGAGAUAUUAUGGAGUCAAAUCGUAGCUGGUUACAUUUACAUUUAAAAGCAGGCAAAUCCCAUGCUGGUUGGCACUUGUCAUUUUGGAGGGUGACUGUCCAUGGGGCCUUGGCCCUCUCAGAUGUGAUCACAAGAGCAAUACAGAAGAGAAACUCAUUUCAGACAGCACGUGUGUCAGGGGCACAGUUGUUUUCUCCUCUUUCAUUUCCUAUUUAUCGAGAUCAGUGACCUGAGAACAAAGAGCAAGCCUGUCUAAUUAGGAAUGCAGAAGGAUGUGUAAAACUGUGAGGAAUGUGUUGUGUCACACCCCCCACAUCCUCCCAAAAAUCUGCCAUCAGACAUUUGCAAGAGUCCCACAGCCUGCCCUGCCUCAAAGCCCUUUGGGUUUCCUAUAGCUUUUGAAAAUUUCCUUUAAAAUCACUAUCCAGGAGCUGUACAACAUACAUAUUCCCCCCACAUUUACUGUUCACCUCUCAUAGAAAAGGAUGCUGACUGCAAGAGGACCAGCUGCAACCAGCAUUUCUGUGGCUCUUCAUAGGUUUAUUUCCUGAGAAAUAAAAUCAUAAUGGUUAGACUAUCAACACCCUCAGCAGCUUGGUUCUCACACAUGGUUAUAUCUUAAGCUACAAAUCAAUUACCAUUGGAGCUGGGCAAACACCCCUAGCCAGAAGUCCUUCUUCAGUUGUUCAAAUGUUCUGAAUCAGGGCCAGCACUGGGAAAACAACAUUUUAGUGACCAGCUCAGUGGGGUCAGCUGCACACAAGUUUCAUGACCAUAAUGUCCACUCCCAAAGUGUCCCAGCCUGGUCCAGAGCAGGGCAGACACACUUUGUGCUGGGAAGGGAAGCUCAGAUGAUUGCUUUAGGAGCAAGUUCCUAAAUAUUACAAAGUAAAACCCUAUAGUGAUCCACCGGAACCCUCCAGUGGUUGAGAUAUAUAUACAUAUGUGUAUAUGUGUGUGGCUGUGUAUAUAUAUGUUUAUACACAUACAUGUGUGUGCAUACAUGUGUCUGUGUGUCCAGGUUGGCGAGACGCAUUAAGAAAAUAUUUCUUUAAAAGAAAACAGUGAUUCUACCAAGAACCAGUGCUCUUCCAAAUCAAGCCCCUUCCAUUCUCUAUGUUUUGUAAAGGCUUUGAGUGGAGUCCAGCUUAAUUUAGUUCCUUCUUAAUUCUUUUUUUUUUUUUUAAAAAAAAAAGGACAUCUCAUAUGCAUCGAGUCAUUGAAUUGCCAAAUACUAUCUCAUUGUGAAAAACAGUUGUCCCAUUCUUACAGAGACACACAGUUGUCUUUUAGAGCCACAAACCAAUUUUUAAUCUCAUUUUAUUUUCAUAUUAGAGAUUAUAAAACACUGUUAGGCAUUGCUUUAUAUUUCAAGGUGUCCUUUUAACUGCUGUGGUUAAAUCAAAAUCUCCUUGAGUUCAGAUUUCAGCACAGUUGGAUUUUUUGGGGGUCUCUACUGGCCUUUGUUGUGCUCACAAGAAUCCUUUUCCUUUGCUUUGUCUUUUUUUUAAGCUAUUCUGUGCUCUUAUUUUAAACCAUUUGAAGUGUUUAUUUAAUAUUUAUUCUACAGUUUAUAUUGAAAAAAUGUAAAGUUUAUAUUUAAAAUGACACUGUUUGUUAGUGAAUGCUUCUCUUUGCCUCUCCAGCCUAGUCCGUUAGUCUCAGUGCACAUUUCUGGCAUGGGAAUAUUUUGAUAUUAGAAGUUUUGUAGCAUCUUUUCCCCUCAAGCAGCAAAUGACAUAGAUCUAAGGUCACCACUUGAUACAAAUCACCAGAUUGCUCAAGCUUUUCUUCCUACAUUUGUUGGCUUUUCUUGCAGUCCCUUCUGUAUGCCAUUCAAGUUCCUUUAAUACAUAGACUGCUCUGUACAGUUCCUAGACAUCAAAAAGCCCUUUCUACACUAGGUGGGUUUUGGUCUUUUUAUACUUUUCUCAAUGCUGUCGAUGUCUGCUACUGUUCAAUGCGUAGAUCUGUAAGGAGAGCUCCAAAUAUUACGUGUUUCAGUUUGAUGUCCCUGCUGUAGAUGGAUGUAGCCUCUCAUAGUAAUUAGAGCUGCACAGUAAAUUCUGAAUGCUUUUUCCCUAAGGAGUUAAGUGGAAUGUGAGCAUUUCGCUACCUUUGGUUAACUGUAAAUGCUUAACUGUAGUCUGAAAUAGUUGCAUUUUUGUCUGUCAAUAAAUUUUAAUUUGUCUGCGAC